CCGGGCUUGCGAUCCUUGCCAAAAGUGGUUUAGAUAGCCCGGCAGGUUCACCCAGCGCGGGGCUGUGUGGAUUUUCAUUCUUGAGUGACGACAAUCAGCCUCACUGUGCUCACCUCCACUGCCGCUCGUUGAUGCGCUCGCCGUUGCCAAAACUCUCAUCUUCCCACCAUGGCGGCAUCGCCUUAGCCUGGACCGCAUAUCCACCACUGUGGAAAAAGGGCGACGACGGGUUCUGGGGUGGGCUAGGGGUGCGGUUCGAAAAAAGCGUGCCUUAUCUUUGCAGGGUCCGAUUCAGGACCGGCGGGAACACGCACGCCGCGACCGCCCAAGAUAAGGGACCCCUCUGUCCAAUGUCAUCCCUGUCUGCCGCCUCUCUAUCUCGGAUGCAUGAGAUUCGGUCGAGAUAAGGAACUACACGACCCGACGCGGAGCACGCCUCCAUGCGAGCACCUUGCCAUCCAAGUACUGGCGCCCCAGAUGUUCUUGUGGCGCCUCACAUAGCAGGGCGCCAGGCACUCCUCAGUGGAGGGCAGCCAACUUCUGAGAUGUUCUUGAUACAAUUCGAGGCUGUCAGUCCUCCUCGCCAUUUUGUGGACGAUCCUCGGUGGCUGGGUCGACGGCCGGGCUGCAAGUUGGCUAGAUCACACUAAACCAGACGGAAAGCAAACGCAAGGAAGGAAAUGGCAUUUUUUGGACGCUAAACCACAAAACGAAUCCCUGUCUUCCUGGGAGAAAGAACAAAGCCUGGCCAGUCGCCGACGAGCUCAAAAAUUCUCUUCCAUUUUCUAAACACACCUGAAAGGGCUAAGCGCGUGUGGAUUACGGCUUGCUAUCGUCGCCUUGGGACCAAGCAAGUGGCACUACCGCCGCUAGUAUACCGCGCGGUCAACACAUGUUGAGCCCGGCAUUUGACCACUGGUUUCCUGUUAUCAGCGAGAUACUUAUCUCGUGGUAGCGCGAUCGCUUCCAAGAGGAUCCAUUAUUGGGCUACCCGAGCCCCAACUUCAUCCAGGGCACCCAUCCCACAUAUCACCAUCCACACGCCCCAGGCGGCGCCUUGCUUCUGGGAUGUCUUUCUCCGGCUCGGGCGACCAUCAGAGACCCUCCCCAACCCCACAAGUCUACCCGUACUAGAUUGGCCCACGGCAGCUUGCGGCUGGGGCUCUGUCUGGACUUCACGUCCCCGGAGAUGCAAAAUUCGCCAGGGCUUGCUCUCAAAACCAUCACGCUGGAGUGAGUCGCUGGGGAGAUAGAUAUAUAACCGCCAAAGACACGUCUGUUAUCCCGAUGGGCCGAUGGGGAGUCCUCUCGAUUCCAACACUCCCGGAUAAGCACCCACCACCACUCGGGGAUAAGGCGCGACCAGACCAGCGACAUCACACCCACUUGUCGACAUCAUCCUCCCGGACCCACCAGAUUCUCUCUCAGCCAUCCUCUCGGGCCCGGCUCGGCUGCCCAAGAUGGGUGUCAAGCUCAAAUUCUCGGACCUCUACAGGGCCCCUGAGAUCAACCCGAUCAACAGGAAAGCCCGCGCCAUCCCGGCGCUGAAUCUUCUCAACAUAUACGGCCGCGUGUUCUUCUUUUCUUGGUUUGGCUUCAUGAUCUCCUUCUGGGCUUGGUACACGUUUCCUCCUCUGUUGACGGUCACCAUCCGGGCGGACUUGGGGCUCACCCCUGCCGAAGUUGCCAACUCCAACAUCGUAUCGCUGGUUGCCACACUCUUUGUGCGUGGGAUUGCCGGGCCCCUGUGUGACAUGUGGGGAUCCCGCCUUGUGUUUGGUGGUCUUCUCCUUGUCGGGUCCAUCCCUCUGGGUCUUGCACCUCUUGUCCAGAACGCGACCGGCCUCUACAUCAGCCGAUUCUUUAUCGGCAUUCUGGGUGGAGCCUUCGUGCCCUGCCAGGUCUGGUCGACCGGUUUCUUUGACAAGAAUGUGGUCGGCACAGCAAACGCUCUCACGGGCGGCUUCGGAAACGCCGGCGGCGGCAUCACCUACUUCAUCAUGCCGGCCGUAUUCGACUCGUUCCAUCACAAGCUCGGAUACACACCAGGCCUAUCGUGGCGCCUCACCUUCAUCGUGCCUCUCAUCAUGACCAUCUCCACUGGCAUCGGUCUGAUCAUGCUCUGUCCCGACACCCCGACCGGAAAGUGGAGUGAACGCCACCUGCAUGUGCAGGAGAACCUGCAAUUACAAGGCGCGACAGAGGAUGUCAUGGUCGACGUCCCCGGCGGCAUCGCUGACAGGCGCCCGUCCGAAACCGAGAGGAGUGUCGACGCAGAGAAGAAGCCGGAGAAGACCGAGGGGCCGGUGGUGGACCACGAGGCCGCUCUCUCCAAGCAGGAGAUGCUGGAGACGGCGCGGGGCGAGGUGGUGGUCAAGCCGACGUUCAAGGAGGGCCUGAGGAUCACGGUGUCGCCGCAGACGAUUAUGCACGUGGCCACGUACUUCUGCUCCUUCGGCGGCGAGCUCGCCAUCAACUCCAUCCUCAGCUCCUACUACCUCAAGAACUUUCCCGGGCUGGGUCAGACGGGUGCCUCCAACUGGGCGGCCAUGUUCGGCUUCAUGAACUUUGUCACGCGGCCGCUCGGAGGCGUGGUGAGCGACCUCCUCUACAACAUGGGCGGGCGCAACCUGUGGCUCAAGAAGGGCUGGAUCCACGUGACGGGCAUCGUCACCGGGGCGCUGCUCAUCCUCAUCGGGCGCCUGGACCCGCACGACCAGUCGACCAUGUUCGGCCUCAUCGCGCUCAUGGCUGUCUUCCACGAGGCCGGAAACGGGGCGAACUUUGCGCUGGUGCCCCACGUGCACCCGCACGCCAACGGCAUCCUCUCGGGCAUCACGGGCGCCGGCGGCAACCUGGGCGGCAUCGUCUUCGCCAUCAUCUUCCGCUUCAUGGGCGACGGCAAGAACUACGCCGGCGCCAUCUGGAUGAUUGGCAUCAUCCACAUCGCCCUCAACCUGCUCACGUGCUGGAUCCCACCACUGCCCAAGGGCCAGGUUGGUGGCCAUUAGGUGCUGAUUAUUGUCGUUUUGAAUAGUUUCCAGUGUUUGCCUGUUGUUGUUUUUUUUUCUUCUCUCUUUUAUCUUCCCGUGAUGGUUGGUUACAACAAGAGGGGGCGUUGGGCAUUUUCUGGGAGCAAAUAGGACAGAUGAGCUCUUGUUUGGGUAGCCGGAAACUUGAAUUAGUUGGAUUUUCACAAUUGUACAGGCAUAGAAUGCGCGGGAUUGGCGCAGUGGCGUUCAAUACUCAUCAAUAGAGGGAAAUGUGCUUAUCCUUGGGUCCCAAAAUGUUAUUGAAUCCUGAACAAUCAAUGCCGCCAUUCCUCUGCA